AUGGCGAGGCACGUCCAAGCCGAUCACGAGCCCGCAGAUGACAGUGGUGGUGGUGCUGGUGCCGCGCUCGUGCUCUGGGACUGCGGCAGCACGCUCUACGACUCCUACGAGCUCACCGCCUUCAAGCGCCAGCUCGACGCCGCCGUGCUCGCCUGCCGCUCGCUCUCCAUGCCGCACCUCCCCGCCGCCGACCCGGCCGUCCAGCCAGCCGGCCGCAGGAAGCGCGCGAGGCGGCUUCCCGCCCUGCUCCGGAGGCUGUUCUCCAAGGUGCUACGGCUGGCGUCGGCGCGCGGGGCGAGACACGACCGCUCCCGGGCGUACGAGGGGUACGGCCACGGCGGCUACAGCGGCACGGGGUCGCCGUGGUCCGGGGCGCUGACGUCCAUCCCGGAGGAGAGCGGCGGCAGCCCGGAGGCGGGGUCGUCCCCGGUCGUCCCCGGCCCGAGCGCGCUGCGCAGGGCGCAGUCGGAGCGGUUCAUCGGCAGCAAGACGGCGACCCCCAUGGUGCAAUUCGACGUCGUCUUGUAG